AAGUCAUCAGUUUUGACUCACCCAUCGACUUUUACAGCGGCAGGCUGACCUCCUGGAAAUUAAAUUGGAUUUGUAGACAAUACGAAUAAAAGGAUCAGAAUGACUGGCAUCAUGGACACGGUGGAAAUGCCCAAAUUGCCAGAAAACCAGAAGACCUUCGCCGGCAUCCCGGAGGCCGUCUUCCUGGAGGAGAUUGACUCGUUCAUGCUGCAGCCAGAGAACGAGAAUUGUGAGAAGGUUCUGCAGCGCUUGGACGAGCAGCACGGCAAGUACCGAUUCAUGGCCUACAACCUGGAGGCGAGGAGACGUAAGCUAAAGUCGCAGAUCCCCGACUUGGAGCGUUCGCUGGAGAUGGUGAAUGUUCUGCGCAAGGAGGACGAGGAGCGCGAGACGCAGUUUCUGCUAAGUGACCAGGUGUUCAUCAAGACGCUGGUGCCGCCAACGAAAACAGUUUACCUCUGGCUGGGUGCCAGCGUAAUGCUGGAGUAUCCACUGGACGAGGCGGAGGCGCUGCUCAAGCAGAACAUCACAUCGGCCGUGGGCAAUCUCAAGUCCGUGGAGCAUGACCAGGACUUUCUCAGGGAUCAAAUUACCACGACGGAGGUAAACAUGGCGCGUGUGUACAACUGGGGUGUGAAAAAGCGACAGGCCGAUGCCAAGACCAACGCCAACAGUCCGUCGUCCUAAGACUUUGCUUAAGAAUCCCAUCCCCACAUCAAACAGCAGACAGCAGUGCAACUUUUUCGCGUAUUAUUUAUUUCGACAGAUAUCCGAAAGGGCUUGGCAGGAUUUCUCGCCCGUCAUAUUCUCGUUCUACACUGAUAACAAUAAAGGCGACGCAAAACGCAUUUAAAUGGCAA